CAUUCUGUUUUGUUUACAACUUAUUGAUUGAAGUCAAUAAAUUGCCAUUUAGAAUGUCUGCUGGGGUACAAGAGCGCCUGCAACUGAGCCGCAUGCCGCUGGACACGUGGUCCAAGCGCGAGCAGCUCAUCCUGGCAUCGGCGGUGUCCUGCAGCGGCGACCAGAACUGGAUCACCGUCAGCCGCACGCUGAAAGCGAUCUGCGGCAAUGGCAGCAGCAACCGACCGGCGGACUGGUUCUCGCAGAAGAACUGUGCCGUGCAGUACGGCAAUCUGCUCGAGAGCGUGGAGGCCACCAAGCGCAAGAAGCGCAGCAGCGAGAGCAGUGCCGCUGUCUCCUCGCCGGCCACCGUGGAGACGCCCACAGAACUGCUGCUGCGCCGGCUCACGGAGGAGCGGCAGGCGGAGAUCAAGGCGCAGAUGCGGCAGGAUCAGGAGACAUACCGACGCAUCCAGCGAGAGAUUGAUUCGCUGCAAUCGGACGCGGUGACCGAGCAGGAGCUGCAGGACAUGUGGCUGGAGAUCGAGAAGGAGCAGGAGACGCGCCGCAUCGAGGAGAUGAAGCUGGAGAAUCGCAUGCGGGAGCGGGAGCAGCGCAAGAAGGACUUGCAAAGCAGCUGGCGGAACAACAGUCCAGCCGUCAAGCGUGCUAACCAAGCCGCCGACACGACCUCCGUCGACAUGGACGUGGAGGACAUAAACACCAGUGGCAAUGGCAAACAGCAGACGGGUCCUUCGCCACUACUCACAUCUCUGCUGAAAUCGCCCACAGGCAAUGCGCCUGCCACGCCCACUGCAGGAGCAGUUGUUCCGGCUGCAGGAGGAACUGGCAGCGUGGCCAGGGCAACGGCGCCAACCAUUACCUCGCUGCUGACCAGCGGCGCCAGCUCCUCUGUUGCCAAUCAGCCAGUCAUCACAAUGAAGAGCCCCACGGAUGCGGCAUUCAUGUCCCGACCUAUUACCGGACCUCCAGCAAGUGAGGCACUCGCUCCGACAACGCCCACUCUUGAACGCAGUCCCUCGCAGGCGGCACCCACGCUCUCCAUGCUGCUGGAGAAGAAUAAGGCUGCGGCAAAGGCCAACGAAGGCGGGAGUUUGGUAAAGACAGAGGGUUCUGUAAACCAGGAACAGGGAGUGGACGAAGCCACGUCGUCAGCCGCUGGUGCAGCAGACUCUGACGAGGCGGAUCCGAAUGAAGCCCAGCUGCUGGAGGUCUUUAAGAACAUUGACCAAAUAAUAGAUGACAUCGACAUAGAUAUGGCCAGUGUCAUUGAUGAUGAGAUUCUUAAAAAUGUGGACGACGUCGUAGCCUCGCCGUCGAUCGAUAAAGCCGAUGUCAUUGACUUUGAGGACAAACUGGACGCUUUGAAACGGGAGCAAAGUAAAAGUUCCCCAGCCAGUGAUAAACCGAAAUCUGUGGAGCUAGUAAUUGGAUCCAGCGAUGACUCAAACGACAAUAUACCCCUGGCUGCUGUUGCCUCCCAGGAGAGUAAGGAUCGCGGUCAGUCCGGCGGUGAGUCCACUAGGGGCACCGAGGACGCCGAGUCGGAGCCGUUGGCCAGCGAGGUGGCGGUGGAGGAGAUAGGUGAGACCAUUACGAUUAUCAGCACCUCCAGUGAGGAUACUGCAGGAUCGCCACCAACGAAAAUGGAGGAGGAAGGGGCCACGGACUCUCUUUCAAAGAAGGAGGAUGCAACGGAUCUUAAAUCCGAACAGGAAAGUAGCUCCCAAGGCCAAAAUAAAACCGGAGGAAGCACAGAAGAACCGGAAGCUGUAGAUCAUCAUGCCACUAGGGAAGCACACAGCAAAUCAGGCAAGGACGCGACGGGAAAGCCAUCAACAAUGGAAGAAAAGGCAACCACUCAGUCGACUCCUGCCUCCGCUUCCGUUCCUGUGGAUCUGCACGACACAGACGAGGAGUCGUCCUCGUUAACAGACAGCAGCAAGCACGAUGACCAUCCAAGGAGUGCAAAAGCAAAGCCACCGGCACUGAAGCUGGCUCUAGAUGACUCCAAAUCGGAACUGGAGUUGAGUGGCACACCUCAGCCACCGUCGGCGCCAACCAGAACACCUUUGCUUCGAAAACUUCCCCAUAGAGAUCGGUCCGAAAGUCCAAUGGUGGACGAUGACGCCACAACGGCCAGCGAUCAUUCCACUGCAAGGUCCACGCGUCGCAGAUGCUCCUCCACGCCCGUUAUCGACAGUAUACCCAACUCACCCGCCUCCAGCGAGCACACCGACGAUCGCAGAGAAACGCGAGCCGCCUCCAAGAAGCUCUUCCUGUCCAUUUAUGCCAUGUUGCAGGACAGCAAGCAUGCGGCUCCCUUCAGGCGUCCCUUUCACGACGAGCACGCCCAGCGACAUGCGGAUCUGUGCCUGCGUCCCAUGGAUUUCCCCACCAUCAAGCGGAACAUCGACUCGGGAUUCAUUCGCAGCUUGAGCGAGCUGCACAGGGAUGUCCUGCUGAUGGCCCACAACGUUUUGGUGGCCUACAAGCCCCACACAACUCAGCACAAGACGGCGCGUUUGUUCGUGCAGGACUGUCAGGCGAUCAAGGAGUUCUCCCAAAUGCCGGACGCCCAGGCAGGGAUCACGGCCACGCCGGUGAGCAACUCCGGUAGCUCCCGAGCAGAUAAAUCAAGCGGCAGCAAGGCCAGGAGCGGCUCUCGGAAGAGCCAAAGGCAUCACUAG